AUGGUGUCCCUCAGGAGCCUCCCGCUGUAUGGCCUCGCGGCAAUCCUGCUGUUCGCGGCCGGGAAGCUGUUCUACAACCUCUUCCUGCACCCCCUCAGGAAGUACCCAGGGCCCUUCCUCGCGGGGUCAACGCGGGCCUACUACCUGUUCUAUGACGUCCGCGGGCUGAGCCACUGGAAGGUGAACGAGUGGCACCAGAAGUACGGGCCCGUCAUCAGGAUCGCGCCGGACGAGCUGUCAUACACGGACAGCAGGGCCUGGCCGGACAUCUACGGGUUCCCCAACAAGGAGGGCGGCGGCAACUUCGAGAAGGACCCGCAGUGGUGGAACAAGACCGUCUCGGGCGUCGUCAACAUCCUCGACGCCGACGACGCGGGCCACCGCCGCAUGCGCCGCCUGCAGAACCCGGCCUUCAGCGACAAGGCCCUGCGCGCCCAGGAGUCCGUCAUCUGCGGCUACGCGUCGCUGCUCGUCCACAAGCUGCACGGGCUGUGCAGCAGCGGCGGCGGUGGCGGCUCGUCAUCCGGGGAUGGGGGUGCGGUCGUGGACAUGACGGCUUGGUAUAACUUCACCACCUUCGAUAUCAUCGGCGACCUGGCCUUCGGCGAGCCCUUCUACUGCCUGCAGAACGCAGAGUGGCACUGGUGGCUGCAGGCCGUCUUCGACAUCUUCAAGGCGGGCACGAUGCUCCGCGCGGCGCGGCGCUUCCCCGAGCCCCUGGCCACGCUGCUGUGCCUCUUCAUCCCGCGGAAGCUGAUCCAGACGCGCAAGGAGCAGUUCGCCUUCGGCGUCGAGCGCGUCGACAAGAGGCUGCAGCAGACGACCGACCGGCCUGAUUUCAUGUCAUACAUCCUCAACGCAGACGGCGAGAAGGGCAUGACCAUAGAGGAGACAUACACCGCAGCCCAGGUCCUGAUCGUCGCGGGCAGCGAGACCUCCGCGACGGCCCUCUGCGGCGCGACCUACCUCCUCCUGUCCAACCCCACCGCCCUCGCCCGCCUCGCGGCCGAGGUCCGCGCCGCCUUCUCCUCCGAGGCAGACAUCCUCCCGCACAGCACCGCGGCGCUCCCUUACCUCGCCGCCGUCGUCGACGAGGCCCUGCGCCUGUGCCCGCCCGGGCCGGGCACGUUCCCGCGGCGGGUGCCCGACGGCGGGAGGGUCGUCUGCGGGCGCUUCGUGCCCGGCGGCGUGGCUGUGGGGGUCCACCAGGUCUCGACGCACCGGUCGCCUGAGAACUUUAGGGAGCCGCUUGAGUUUCGGCCCGAGAGGUGGCUUGGGGAUCCGGAGUUUGAGGGGGACAACCGGGGUUGUUUCCAUCCUUUCUCUUUUGGACCUAGAAAUUGCAUAGGCAAGAACCUGGCGUACGCCGAGACCAAGACGGUCCUGUCGAGGAUGGUCUGGAACUUCGACAUGAAGCUGCACCCGGACAGCGUCGGCUGGCUGGAUAGGCAGAAGACGUACACGACGUGGCAGAAAGACGAGAUGAAGGUCGAGAUCCGGCCCCGCGCCAGGGCGUAG